UUAAUUCCACAGCUUCCAUAUUUCAACUUCCUCCUGGUUCUUUAUCACUGUACAAAGUUAUACGCUUGCUUCACUGGUUUAUCCAGAUUGAAUUAAAUCUGUUCUGUAUUUAUUGGUGUCUGAAAUUUGAAAAAUUGUACACUAGACUAGUUUUAGAUAAGUUUGCUUUGUUGUUUUCGGAGACAUGGAGGAAAAGGCUGCAGAGAACUGGAAAGAGUUGGUGAAAAAGAUGCUCCCAGUUGGAGCUUCUCUGCCUGAUGGAGCAGAGAAUCUAGAUUAUUCAAUUGCUAUGGAAUAUGAAGGCCCACCUGUCUCCUAUGAGGUUCCUAGAGUUGAACCCUUAGAUGUAAAUUAUUCCACAGUUUCUACAGCAUCGAUGGCAGAAUCAUUCUCUGAUUCGCGAAGAGUAGCAACCUGUACAGCUCCCCCUGUAAUUGAACCGAUCCCUUUGCCUGUCUCUAGAAUUGCUGGUGUUACAAACUCUUCUGUUCAAAGCCCUAGGGUAUCAGGUAGCUCAGGACCUGUAGUAUCUGUUUUGCAGAAUCACGAGUUCUCAUCAGCAUCCCCUUCGGCUUCUCCGGGUUCUGUUCACAACCCUCCAAGUAAAUUUCCUAAGCAAGUGGUAAAUGAAGUGAAAAGAAUCCCAAUGGUCACCUUCAACAGUGUCGAUAAAUCUGAAAGGGAAGUGGUUGAUGUGGAUAUACCAGUCUGUCCUGAAUAUGUUGUAGUUUCUAUGAAGAAGAAGAAGACGAAGAGGGUUUGUUUUAGGUGUCAGAAAGGGAAAUGGGAAAGUAAGGAGGUUUGCUUGGUUUGUGAUGCUAGGUAUUGCAGUAAUUGUGUGCUCAGAGCUAUGGGAUCAAUGCCUGAAGGGCGUAAAUGUGUUACUUGUAUAGGUCAUCUGAUUGAUGAAUCUAAGCGGUUGAAAUUGGGGAAGUCUUCAAGGGUUUUAUCACGGUUGCUCAGUCCUUUGGAAGUGAAGCAAAUAACUAAAGCAGAGAAAGAAUGUCCUGCAAAUCAGCUUAGACCAGAACAGCUGAUAGUGAAUGGAGUCCCCUUGAGAUCAGAAGAAAUGGCAGAACUACUUUCGUGCCCAUUGCCUCCACGAAAGUUGAAGCCCGGGAGAUAUUGGUAUGACAAGGAAUCAGGUCUGUGGGGAAAGGAGGGCGAAAAGCCAGAUAGAAUCAUUAGUUCAAACUUAAAUUUCUCCGGGAAGCUUAAACCCAAUGCAAGCAAUGGGAACACAGAAGUUUUCAUCAAUGGCAGGGAAAUUACAAAAAUUGAAUUGAGAAUAUUAAAGUUGGCAAAGGUGCAAUGUCCUCGUGAUACACAUUUCUGGGUCUAUGAAAAUGGUCGCUAUGAGGAGGAAGGUCAGAAUAAUAUCAGGGGGAACAUUUGGGAAAAGGCAUCAACACGGCUUGUCUGUUCUUUGUUCUCAUUGCCUGUGCCCCACAGUCAACCACAUGUAUCAAGGGAUGAAGAUAGCAACUACACCAUGGUCCCAGAGUAUCUAGAGCCGAAAAAGAUUCAGAGGCUCCUCUUGCUUGGACUUGAAGGCUCUGGAACAAGCACCAUUUUCAAGCAGGCCAAGUUGUUGUAUGGGAACAAGUUCACUCCUGAAGAACUGCAGGAUAUCAAACUAAUGAUUCAGAGCAACUUGUACAAAUAUCUUAGCAUUUUGCUUGAAGGGAGGGAGCGUUUUGUGGAGGAGGCUUUGUAUAGAAAUAAAGUACUAGGUUCACAUGAUCAACACUCUUCAGCAGGUGAAAGAGAAGAUCAAUCCCAUGAAACAAACCAGUGUGUCUAUUCCAUUAAUCCAAGAUUAAAGCAUUUUUCUGAUUGGCUUCUGGACAUCAUAGCCAUGGGAGACUUGGAUGCAUUCUUUCCUGCAGCAACACGUGAAUAUGCUCCACUGGUUGAAGAAGUGUGGAAGGAUCCUGCAGUACAGGAGACAUAUAAAAGAAAGAACGAGCUUCACUUUCUCCCAGAUGUCGCUGAAUACUUCUUAAGCCAGGCUGUUGAGGUGUCAAGCAAUGAAUAUGAACCUUCUGAGAAAGAUAUAUUGUAUGCAGAAGGAGUCACCCAGGGCAAUGGUUUGGCUUUCAUUGAAUUUUCCCUUGAUGAUCGCAGUCCAAUGUCUGAGAUCUAUAUAGACAAUCUGGAAGCUCCACCACCACCUCUGACCAAAUACCAACUGAUUAGGGUAAACGCCAAGGGGAUGAGUGAGGGACGCAAAUGGGUGGAAAUGUUCGAGGAUGUGCGUGCAGUGAUCUUCUGUGUGGCCCUGAGUGACUAUGAUCAGGUGCGGUAUGCCCCUGAGAACAGUGGUAGUGGAAUCCUUCUCAAGAACAAGAUGAUACAAAGCAAGGAGCUCUUUGAGACCAUGGUCAAGCAUCCAUGCUUCAGGGACACCCCUUUUGUGUUGAUACUAAACAAGUAUGAUCUUUUAGAGGAAGAGAUUAAUCAGGUGCCAUUGAGUGCAUGUGAGUGGUUCAAUGAUUUCUGCCCCAUGCGGCCUCACCAUAACCAAUCACUGGCACACCAGGCUUAUUACUAUGUGGCAAUGAAGUUCAAGGACCUAUAUUUUUCACUCACCAAUCGGAAGCUUUUUGUGUGGCAAGCAAAAGCUAGGGAUCGUAUGACUAUUGACGAGGCAUUCAAGUAUGUAAGGGAGGUGCUGAAAUGGGAUGAGGAGAAGGAUGAUAACUAUGGUGCAGUGGACGAUUCUUUCUACAGUACUGAUAUGAGUUCAUCACCAUUUAUCAGACAGGAAUGAGAGCGAGUGUCUUCCAAGCUCUUGUAUAGGCUAUGUAACUAACUUGCUUUGAUGCGCCACUUCCAUGUGCAAGUGAGCUUGUUUGCUACCAUAUUUAUUAAAAUUUGUUUGUUGGAG